ACCAUGUCCGCCGUGGUGCACGACGCGGCGAAGAAGCGCUUUGCCAUCUAUGCGGCCGCCGCCGAGGACCAAGAGAUCGGCUUCCUGGAUUACGACACGCAAUACCCCUCGGAGAACGUGACUGUGUUGGACCUCCAGCACACGGUAGUGCAUCCAGCGGGCCGAGGACAAGGACUUGCUCAGAAACUAUGCGACGCUGCAUUCAUCUACGCCCGCGAGCAAGGUUUCAAGGUGAUCCCCACAUGCUCCUACAUCACCGGCACCUACUUGAAGCGAACUACUCUCCCAGACGCGGUUGACCUCGUGUACACGCAAGGCUCCUUGUGAGUCUUAAUUACAUCAAAUCUUCGUCUGUCCCGACA